GCUUCAAGGGAGCUGUUUGCAUGACGGGCCGGAAGUUGGGGUUCCAAGAAGGCGGAAGUUCCGUUUUGAACUCAGAGGCGAUGAUGAGUUUCGAGUGGCCCUGGCAGUACAAUUUCCCGCCUUUCUUCACGUUACAGCCCAAUGUGGACACAAGGCAGAAGCAGCUGACUGCUUGGUGUUCCUUAGCACUCUCUUAUUGCCGUGUCAACAAGCUCUACACUAUGACAGUUGCAGAGGCCCAGGAGAGCCCAUUGUUCAACAACUGGAAACUACAACGAAAACUCCCAUUGGAAUCCAUUCUUAUUGUAUUAGAGGAGCUCAGGAAAAAAGGCAACCUUGAGUGGCUUGACAAGAACAAAUCUAGUUUUCUGAUCAUGUGGCGACGUCCAGAAGAAUGGGGCAAGCUCAUCUAUCAGUGGGUGUCAAAGAAUGGAUUUACCAACUCAGUUUUCACAUUAUAUGAGCUAUCCAAUGGGGAAGAGACAGAAAAUGAAGAGUUCCAUGGUUUGGAAGAAUCCAUGCUGCUCCGUGCUCUGCAAGCUUUACAGCAGGAACAUAAAGCCGAAAUCAUCACCUUAGAUGAUGGGCGAGGUGUCAAGUUCUUCUAACAGAGAUCCUGCUCUGGCUUUUCUAGCCUGACUGGGCAAACACCUUUUCUGGGUUGAAGGGCUUCUCUGUGCUCUGGUUUUCUUGCAUCGAAGGCCAAACAUCAAAAUGUUGCCUUGGUGGCUCCGCAUCUGACUCUGUGUUUCUCCUUGCUGCUGCUGUAGCUUCGUUCCUUUGAGGCGUGUGAUGUUGAUGAUGCUCUGAAUAGAUUUAUGGGAAACAGGGUUCAGUCAACAUGAAGCAAAUUUUGGCUCUUUGAUUUUGACCUUCCAACUGCAGGGCACAUCACAGACCCUGCUGCUUGUAGCACUGAGGCACAAUUUUGGGAUCAAAAAUACAGUACUCCCCUCUUGUGGGCCAGGAUGCCAUGCAGACUGUGCUGUCCAUGACAGGAUGAGGCAUUAAGGACUUCGGGAAAAAUUAAACAACACAUUAUUUACUAGAA